AGCCUCUAGUAGCUCAUUUCAUGAUAAACCCUAGUAAGUAGUUAAGUGUUCUGCUUUCUAAGAUUAGUUGUGAUUUGAUAUCAGAGUGGCGCAGCGGAAGCGUAGUAGGCUGUGUUUGUUCAUAGAAAGUCGGUGGGGCAAUUGUUUUGUCUCGGAUUGUGUGAAGCCACUCACCACUCGAAAUGGUCCUCAAUUUGAGUUUUGGGGACAAAACUCCUUUUUAGGAGGGGUGGAUGUAAUACCCCAAAAAUUUCUAGAAUAAAUAAGUGAGUUAGGGACUAAAUUGUGGGAAAACAUUGUUUUGGGGCUUAAUGUGAAUAUUUUGAAAGCUGAGGGACUUAAAAGUGGAAGAGUUUUGGAUAAGGAUUAGUUUCUUUUCUUUUUCUUUUUCCUUCUUUUCUUCCCCAGCCGUUUCCCGAUUCUGCUCUUCUUCUUCCCGCUGCAACCGAACAAAGCCCCUGAGCUGCUGGCGACUUCCUCCCUUGAAAAACCGGUAAAGCUUGAUGAUUUUCCCUUAUUUUCUUGUCCAAGAACCUGAUUUGGAACCCAGAAAUCUCCUCCCCUGCAAGAGCUUCCGGAUCUGCCUUGCUCUGCUUCUUCACCGCCGGCUGCUCCUGCUUUGUGGGGGCGAAUUGCUCGAUUUUUUGCUUGCCGCCGGCCUCUUCCCCCCCCGCAGCUCUGGUUUCUAUAGCUGGAGAAUUAUGGUAUGUGAUAGCCUUUUAAGGCUUAAAUUGUCCGUUUAGUUUGCUGCCUUGUAUGUCCGAAUUGUGUUGGAAAAAUGGGGGGAAUUCCGGUAGCCUUUGAACAUGUUUUAAGCUUGGUUUAAGUGUAAAUUAGCUUGAAUUGGGUUGUGGUGAUUUUGGAGAAAAACCCCGUGAGAUUAUCUAGUGUUUUGGCCAAUUUUGGAAGUGCAGUUACUGUUCACGUCGGGGUACUGUUCGCAGGUUACUGUUCACACCCCGAGGGCCAACAAUUAACGGGGAUUUAAAUGAUUAGUUUGUGAUAUAAGAAUGAAUUUGGAGAUAUUUGAUCAUGUGGAGAUUUAUGGAAAUAGCAUCGGGAUUAGGAGUGAUCUUAAUGAUGAUUUUAGUGUGAAUUUGUGAUAGUCCGAUAUUAAUUGUGGAAUAUUUUGAGUAGGUUCCUGAUCGUUCUGUCAGUUAGUACGUGAAUUGAGUGCUCGGUUUUAUGCGAGUGAGGUAAGUAAAUUUAUGGUAAUGCCCGUACAGUUUUAAAAGCAUGUUUUGAUUUGUUUUUGAAGUGGUGGCGGGACUAAACCCGUUUUACACAAGUAUGACUGAUUUGAAGUUCUGAAUUUUUAUACUUUUCAUGAAAUUGAGCAUACCUACUUGGAAUUUAAUUGAUUGCCCCGAUGAUUUGAAAGUGAUUAAUGAAUUAUGAAUUUU